AUGGCGAGCUCUACUUAUGUUCUUUACAAUUAUACGCCCAGUCUAGUGGGCGCGAUCAUUUUCGCGGCGCUCUUCUUUUUAUCAACGGCUUUCCACUUCUACCAACGGAUUAUAAGUCAUGCUAAAUACUUCAACCCAUUUCUCGUUGGAGGAUUAUUCCAAGUUAUUGGUUAUAUCGCUCGUGCAGCGGCUCAUUUCAACCAGAGCUCAACCGCGCUCUACGCAAUGCAGCAGCUCUUGAUUUUGUUAGCACCAAUUCUUUACGCAGCAUCAAUUUAUAUGGUCCUCGGAAGAAUCAUCACUUUCCUGCAUGGCGAGCAUCUGAGCUAUGUGCCUGUCCGUCUUAUGACAAAGAUUUUUGUGGGUGGAGAUAUUCUAUCCUUCAUCCUUCAGGGUGUAGGUGGCGGUGUCAUGACCAGUGGAUCUAAAGAUAAUUUAAUCAUUGGUCAGUGGAUCAUAGUCGCGGGUCUCUGUGUCCAACUUCUUUUCUUCGGAACCUUCAUCCUAUCGUCUGCUCUCUUCCAUAUCGGCAUUCGCAAAUCCCCCACGGAAAAGUCGAAGCGAACAAUGCACCACACGAGAUUUUUCUUUUCACGAAAAUGGCCUAGUCUUCUCAUGGCAUGCUACGCUGUAAGCGUGUUGAUUCUAAUUCGAUCAGUCUAUCGUCUCAUCGAAUUCAUUCAAGGAAACAGUGGCUAUGUUAUUAGCCACGAGGUUUUCUUGUACGUUUUUGAUGCUGCUAUGAUGUUCUUGGUUAUGCUCAUCAUGAAUAUCUUUCACCCCUCUGCUGUUUUGCAGGAACAGGGCCCUGCCUGCUCUAGAACAACGGAGAGUCCCAUUAAUAUCCCGAAAGAGCAGGUCUAA